AUGGUUGUUGUGGCGAUGAUGAAAGGGGAGGAGGAAGGGGUGGUGGUAGAGGAGGGAGGAGGACAAAAACGUGGUGGUGAUGUAGAAGGAGUGCCACGUAAGCUGAAAAGGGGUAGUAAAUCAUGGCAUCAACUAACUUCAAGCCCUAAUUUUGUCAACAUCCAUCUCAAGUUAACUGCUAAUCAUACUCAUAGGGUUAUAUUUUCAGGCAGCAACAGAAAUUUCAAGUCUUGUUCUGUUCCUCCUGUGUUUUACAAUGAACAACUGGUUGAGCUAUUUGAUGUGGAUUCUCCCGUUGAUAUCCCUUUUAUUUCUGCUGAGAUUGUGGGUUCUGCCAAUGGAUUGAUUUGUCUGUGCUAUCAAGAUGACAAAAAAUUUCCAUGGAACCCAACAAUUAGCAAGUCAAGGGAAUUAUCUAAGUUAGAAGCUACGGGCUACUUAGAUUGUCGAAGGGGGUUUGGAUACGAUGAGUUACAUGACGAUUAUAAAGUUGUAUUUGUUCAUUUUUACUAUGUCAGUGGGAACACUCCGAGUCUGAGGACUGUGGUCAAGAUUUACAGUUUGAGGAAUGAUUCUUGGAGAACACUCCAUGACCAGCUUCAGGAUACAUUUCUGCUAAAUUUUUUGGGUAAAUUUGUCAAUGGGAAGCUUUGUUGGAAUUCAACUAUUGGCACCGGGAAUGGUGAUCGCAAUUUGUGCAUCACUUCUCUUGAUUUGGCCGAUGAGACAUGGGGAACGUUGGAGCUUCCCAAUUGUGGAAAACUCGGUCCUAAUUACAUGAUGGGAGUUGUUGGAAGUGAUCUUUCUCUGAUUUGUGCUUGUCGUCGUCGAGAUAUUACUACCUCUGAUGUGUGGAUUAUGAAGCAUUGCGGAGUUAAUGUAUCUUGGACAAAAUUGUUCACCAUCAAUUGUGUCCGAUAUGCUUGGCUAUAUAUGCCUUGUCCACCCAAUAGAACAUUCUCUAUACAAUUUCCGCAGCUAAAUAAUGGUGAAUUUUUUCUUUUUCUUCGAUCAGCCAUCAUGAUAUAUGAUUGUUCAGCCAGACAACUGAAGCGCACUGUUGCUGUUGAGGGAUACGACGCUACAGAAAUCUAUGUAGAAAGCCUUGUUAAUCCCCUAACGAUAUCUGGCCAGGGACGUCAUAACUCAUAUCCAUGA